CUGUGCCUACAAGUGUGUGGAAGGUCUCAUUUAUUGUUUUACAACAGUGAAAAAAUAAUUAAUGUAAAAAAAAAAAAAUAGACACUGCAAAGGUACCUAAUUAAAAGAGAGAUCACCUGUGUGUAGUUACAGGGCUUCAAAUGACAAUGUAUUUUGUCCCGUGUUUAUUUUUUGUUGUGAAACAGUUUAAAUCAUCUGCUCUAAAAAUAAUUACAUAUACAGUUUUAAAUAAUUUAGAUAAUAAUAAAAUAAAGGUAAAGUUUGACCCUUUAAGCCAAUUAUAGCUAAAGGUUUACAUUAUGUUGCUACAUAAAUUCUACUGUAUGCUGUGUCACAUAUAUUUACCAAAUACCUGUUACUUUCUGAAAAGUAAAUUAUAAAUUAGGACAGUAUUACAAUUUGAUUUGUAUUUACUCUUAGGGAAUUUAACAAUGUGGUUCAACCAGUGACUGAAAUCUUCCUGUGAAGAAGUAAAAAAACAUCACAUAAAAAUAAAAACAUUUAAUGACCAUUAACUGUGAGUUAUCAUAAGACUCUUGUGUACAUGUUUGUCUGUCACUGUAGAAUCAUUUACAUUAUGUUAAGACACAUUUUCCACAUUUAUGUUUUUUAUUAUUUUCACUGUUGCACCAAAUGCAGUAUUUGUAUUAUUCUGACAGAUAUUGCAAAAAUAUUUAUGGUACACUGUAAUAAAUGGUGGGUUUUAUUCAGGUAAAUUAACCAACUUAAAGUGACAAUGUCCCUUAUGUAAUGUGUCAUUAAAUAACAAAUAAUGAAAAGAAAUCAAAACCAAAGGAAAGAUGCAUCAAACUCUGAUGAAAGCAAGUUUUUUAAAAAUGGUUUGUCAGUAAUGGUGUAACGCUUUUAAAGUCUAUGUCAACUUUUACAAAAAAAUAAAUAAAAGAAGAUUAAAGUCCAACGACACAAAACAAAUAUGUGCACAAAAAUCCCAUUUCAUGUUUGUGUAGAGGUCGGUUGAAGGUGAACUGACUUGUUUUGUUUUUUCUCUGCAGUGUGUGUGAGGCUGAAGCAGCAACAUCAGGAUGGCCGACAGUCCCUCAGUCACACCCGGACACACAGAAAGCAGUGUCGAGCGAAAUCAGACGUCCCUCUGUGUUCAGAUGAUGACUGGGUUUCGAAAUGCCCCUCUGGCUGCAGACUCCAAGGUCUGAUCUCGCAGAUGGAGAGCGAAGUGGAGGGAAAACUGUGGAAGGUGUGUAAGACGGCAAAGAUAUAUGAAGAUGCAGCUGACAAGUCCAUGACAGUGAUGACACACAUCUACAACUCCAACCGGAGAGUCAUAGUCAACAGAUACAUGUCAGAGCUGAAGUUUGUGGAACGCGCAGAAGGAUUGGCCGGGAAUCUCACCUCGCUACGGAAACGAUCGUCCAGUCUGUCGCAGCGACUUAAGGAGCUGCACGGCAACAUCCAGGAACAGAUUGAUGACUUGUAUCGAGCUGAGGUGGACAUUGACAUGAAGCUGCGAGCCUGCCAUGGGUCCUGCCGGUCAGCGCUACCAUUCACUGUCAAUCAUCCCAGUUAUGAGAUGCUUCAAAUUGACAUGGACAAGAUAAAUAACAAUCUCAACCAGAGAAGCAAGGGUACUACGCAUCCUAAAGACAUCCCCCGUGUCACGCUGCAGCCUGUAGAUGUAGGCCCGGCACCAUCUGCUGAAUAUAAGACCAUCCCAACAGUCCAGCGAGAGCUGUUGACCCAGUUUGAGGACAUUGGACAGAAUCAGCUAGUUCUGGAGGAACUGCUGGAGGACUCUGCAGAUGUGGACGUAGAUAAUUACGUAGAUCUGGAAUGAAACGAUUUGACUAGGGGUUGACAGUUUACAGAGGAAGUAAGAGAAGAUUGGCACUUUGAAACUUGGCAAUUUCACAAUGUAUAACACUUUACUCUUUACGCUAUGCAACACAUUUCAAUAUCUUCUGUUUUUUUGCUGUACUGGAAACUAGUACUGUAAUGUUUUCAAGGUAAAAUAUGAAAUGUUGACUGUUUAUGUAAGAAACAAACCUCAAACACCAUUGUUCCAGUGUUUUAAUGACUUUUUGGUGAUGUGAACAUAAUGUUAGAUUUAACAUAGUAACCAUGUACUUUCCUGCAUGUUGGUAAAGGCUCUUAUUACCUCUGUUCAAUAGCUACACACUUUUGAAUACUAAAACACACUCCUCAUUAUUCCUCUGUUAUUUAUUUGUGUCUCCCAUAAUAAGGCACUUAAAAAUACCUUUCAGCACAUUAUACAGUAAUUUCUGUAUAUCCAACCAACUGCAGGCUUUUCUUCACGCAUUGUGUAGAUCGGGCAAUUGUUGCACACAAUUUUGCACAAUUCUGUUACUUGUGUAAAUUCUAAUCCCAUUUGGUUGUGACUACUGGAAUGAAAUAUUUUCUUAUCACCAGGUUAAUAAAUGAAAAUUGAUGCAUCCAAAACCUUACAA